AUGGGUGUGGACCAGCUGAAGAACGAUUCCCACGUACCAUCGGGGAAGCAACAGUACCUCUCAAAGUUCUCCCUGUUGGCACGACACCUGAUACAGAAGAGAGUGUUCCAGAGUGAAGGAGGAGUGAUAAAGGAUGGAGAUCAGGUUACAGACAUCCAGCCUGGCUCUACAGUCACCGUGACAACAGCAACUGAGGUCUACAGGGCAGAGAGCCUGGUUAUUACAGCUGGGCCCUGGGCCAACACACUGAUGGCCUAUACUGGACUACAAAUACCACUACAGGUGGUGAAGAUCAAUGUGUGCUACUGGAAGGAGAAGGUUCCGGGCACAUAUGACAUCAGCAGCCGCUUCCCUUGCUUUGUCCAGUUGGGAGUGGAGGGAUCGCAGUACCACUUCUAUGGCCUCCCCUCCAAUGAGUACCCAGGCCUGAUGAAGAUCUGCUACCACAUGGGCAGUGAGACGGAGCCCGACGAGAGGGACCGACAGACAGACAGGACGGACGUCAAUCUCCUGUCCCAGUUUGUGUCCCGCUACCUCCCGGGCCUGGAGCCAGAGCCAGCUGUGGUGGAGAGCUGCCUGUACACAGUCACACCAGACCAUCACUUUGUUCUAGAUCAUCACCCUUACCACAACAACAUCAUCAUUGGAGCAGGAUUCUCAGGUCAUGGUUUCAAGUUUGAUCCAGUCGUUGGGAAGGUGCUGUGUGAGCUGAUCCUUGGACAGAUGCCCUCCCCAUUCAAAAUUAAGCGGUUCCAGUCCAACCCCAAAUCCUCUUUAUAG